GGCGGUGAGGAGGCAGCCGCGCUGCAAGCUGGGAAGCUUUCCUCUAUCUCCCGCGGUGCCUGCUGGGAAAUGUAGUCGGGGUGGUGGCGCAGUGCCCGGGCGGAAGGGCGACCUCCAUUACGCGGCUGAUGGGCGGUGCUGCCUCCCGCUUCCGCGGGACAUGGGCUCUUAAAGGGUCGGCCCGGGGGGGCGAGGCUUGGUACGGCUCGGCUCGGCGGUAGGGAGAAGAUUCUCUUUCAACUUGAUUACUUGCAAGUGAUAGUUCCUCAACAUGGCUGAACUAUCGGCUGAAGAAAUUCAUCUGAGGGCCAACCAGGUCACUGAUGAGUCUUUGGAAAGCACAAGGAGGAUUCUUGGCUUGGCCAUUGAGUCUCACGAUGUUGGCAUCAAGACUAUUACAAUGCUGGAUGAACAAGGAGAACAGCUAAAUCGCAUAGAAGAAGGCAUGGACCAGAUAAAUAAGGACAUGAGAGAAGCUGAGAAGACACUGACAGAACUCAACAAAUGUUGUGGGCUCUGUGUCUGUCCUUGUAACAGGACGAAGAACUUUGAGUCUAGCAAAGCAUACCGAGCAACAUGGGGAGAUGGAGUGGAGAACUCAGCAGAUCAUGUGAUAUCCAUGCAACCAAGAAGUAUAAAUCAGCAGCAACCUCAGACUUCUGGAGGACCAAGCGGUGGAUAUAUUACACGGAUAACAAAUGAUGCCAGAGAAGAUGAAAUGGAUGAAAAUCUUACUCAAGUAGGAAACAUUCUUGGGAAUUUGAAAAAUAUGGCUUUGGAUAUGGGCAAUGAGAUUGAUGCCCAGAACAAACAAAUAGACCGGAUAAACGUAAAGGCAGAUACAAACAGGGAUCGCAUUGAGCAAGCCAACAUCAGAGCGAAGAAACUCAUUGAAAAUUAAAACCUUCUGUCACUGUUCAGUGACACUGUCUUUCCAGCUGCAAGCCACCAUAUUCUUGGAUCUGUGAAACUUCCUCUAUUCUGAAAUGAGAGGGGCUGGGAAAAAUGAAGCAGUACCCUUUCUAUAGGGAUUCCUUUUCUUUUAUUUUUUGUAUUGCUUCAUGUAAACAUGGUCUUGACUCCAAGAAAGCAGUCAACUUAACUUCCUCCUACUCAUUUACCUUCACUUUCUUAAACUGCUCAGGGCUAAAAGUGUCAUGGCUUUGAGAACUUUUUCAUGUUUUAUUCCCCCCAGUCUUUUUUCUUGCAUCCAAAAUACAGUUCUUUAUUCAAGUUGAAUAAGCAGGGUAACGUGAAUUCACAGUUGUGGAAAGUUGAGGAGGGCACUUUGCACUGUUUGAAAUACCUCAUAAGUUAAGUGUCUUCACUAAAACAGGGACUUGGUGAGUAUUGUCUGACUUGUAUCUCUAAGCAGGUUAACCAUGGCUUUACACUUCAGACCACAUGACUGGUUUGGGAUUGAGCAUGUGGACUACAACAUUCAAGAGGCCCACUGAUUACUACUUCUGGGUUGAGGGCUUUAAAAACACUUCCUAAACAUACAAACUUUAAUGUAAAGCUAACUGGAGGGGUGUAUAGUUUUCCAUUUCUUCAUUGUAAAUUGACAUUUGGAGGCCAUGACUAGGAAAUCAUGCUGCAUUUUUCUAGUAUUAUUGUGUGUUUAUAUAACUGAUCUUAAACUCUCUGUGCAUGCGAGUAGAAUACAAUAAAAAUAUCCCUGAAGUGUUUCUUUGAUGGAAAACUGUCCAUCAUCUAAAAGUUAGGUUUUAAGUGUUUGAGUGAGGCAUCUGAACUGGAAGGAACUAUAAGAAAAUGAGUAGAAAAGCAUGCAGCUUUCUCACAUCCCAUAUUGGAUUCUAUUUUGGCCAGUUGUUGCUGGAGUUCAGUUUGUCUUUCUCCAGUGCAAAAGUGACUGAGAUCAUGCAGAGUUUGUUCUCAGAAGUGACUUUGGGGGAGCUUCUUAAAUCUACUGAAAACGAAGAUAAGUUUAUUAUAGAACUUCUUUGUCAUAAGUCUGGAGGAAGCUUGAAGUAUGUAAGAACUGUUUGCUAGUUGUAAAUAAACUAGUUCUAAAUUAAUUCCUGACUAGUUUAUUAUUACAGACUUUGGAUCUGGCAGUUGCAAAUACUCCAAGUUGAUUACAACUAAAAUGUUCCUCAUGUGUUGCAGAAUAGAAGACCAGGUGAGGUAAAGCUUUCCUCUAAUGAGGAAAAACUUGUUUUACUAUGAUACAACCAGACUUAUUCCCAGGGUUUUCUUGAUGUUUUUUUUUUGACAGUCCACAGGUUAUCUUUGUAGCUAUUAAUAAUAAAUCCUAGGGCUAAAGAGAUGACACUAAUCUGCUGAAAUGUAAGAUGAACAAUGUUAAAUGUUUUUGUUUUCAGAAGUACAAUCAGUGUUACGAGUAUAUUGUCAGUUUGCUCCCAGCACAACUUGUAAAAAAAAAAAACAAAAAAAACUGACCAAAGGAUGAAGAUGCUGCAUAUAAUAGGCCAGUAGUAGACUGUCUUACGUAGGACAGUGUUUUUUUACAGGGACUGGAUAUUUUAGUACCAUGUCUUGGCUUCUGUCUGGCAUCCAGUAAUUAUUGGAAAGCUAAUGAAUUCGGAAAGUUCAUUAUCUACCCCUAUUGGUAAUGAAGGCUACAUGCUUAAAAACACAAGUAGCAAAGAAGUACUUGGAAGAACAUUGCAUAGUAAAUUUCUAACAGCCUCUUCCUUGGGAAGGCAUAGGGAAUUUGAAUGUUUUCUCUUCCUUCUUAUAAACUUUGGGUUAAUUGAAGGAAUAUUUGCUGCUGAUUAUGAAAGCAAAGCAUGCAUUAUUUAGCUAUGAUUGUCUCCUGGAACAGAAUACUAAAGCAGUUGUGUGUUCUGCUUAGAACAGUGCAAAUCCACUCUGUAGCAUCUUGAAACACCUUGGAAUGUUCUUCUCCCUUGCUAUUGCAAGUCCAUGUUCUUGACUUCCCUGUGCUCUAGUCACAAAUUCUCAUAUUGACUGAAAGAAUGCUGUGAUUGGUAUGCAAAAUCUUCAUGUUGCAAUGCAUAUCACAGAAGGAAAUAAUUUCCAAGACUCUAAGCUUAAGUAUUAGCUAAAUAUAAUCUUUUCGAUGCAGCAAGAGCCAAACCUGUCAGGGAGCUGGUGCCUUCAUGAACAAAACAGUCUGCUUCUUGGAUCAUUUUACUGUCAUCUGUAGAAUAGAUGCUUACUUCCCAUGUCUGUGGAAUGUAAUCAACACUUGUGCAUCUUUGUAUUUCUGGUUUUUAUUAAGAAUGAAGGUUUACAGUUUCUGCUUUUGAUUGUUAAACUAUAUUGUGCACAACAAAAUACAUACUUCUAUAACUAAA